GGAGGGGUGACGGAGACAGUUAGUUGGAACGAGGAGGAAGAGGAGGUGGCAGGCCUUUAUCCACUGGCAAAGUAGGCGUCAUCCUGAGGAGGAGGAGGGUAAAUAACGGAGACGCUUACCCGGAAGCGGCAGGGGGAGUAGGAGGGGGAGUUGGAAGCGGAGGAGGCAUCCGGAGGUAGAGGAGUAAACAGCAGAGACAUUUUACUCGGAAGCAGGAGGAACAGGAGGUAGCAGCGGCAGUGGCAGGCCAUUGACAAAAGAGGCAUCACCCUGAGGAGGAGGGGUGAAUAACGGAGAAGGAAGAGGAGGUGCCAGUGGUGGUGGUGGCGGCAUCUAAGUGGCGCUCGAUUGCCAUUGGUAAAGGAAGCAUCGCACUGAGGAGGAGUAGAGGCGGUUACUUGGUAGCAGGAGGAGGUGGCAGUGGUGGUGGCAUCCAGUGGCAGCUCCUUUGCCAUUGGCUGUAGCGCUAGGCCGCGUGGCCCACAGCAGGCCUGGGUAGGAGGAGGGGUGAUCUCUCCAGCACCCAUGAGGUCGGAGCGCAGCAGCCGCGUGUGCAUCGUGGUGCUGGAGGAGGUGGAGGACGAUGAACCCUCCCUGCCAUCGCCAUCACCAUCGGCGUCACCCAUCAUCACCCCGUCCCUCGCCCCCGCCCCCAUCCCUGUUCCCCCCCUGCCUGUCACCCGCCACCGCACCAAGGCUGGCCGAGAGCACCGGGGUUCGCAACGCGCUCCGCGACCACCCGCGCCAAGCGCUCACACUCAGGAAGACAAGCCUUCACUGCUGAAAGCUAUAUUUAAUGUGGAUCCCGACGAGGUUCGCUCACUCAUAUUCAAGAAGGAAGAUGUCAACGUGCAGGACAACGAGAAGAGGACGCCCCUGCAUGCGGCCGCCUAUCUGGGGGACGCCGAGAUCAUCGAGCUGCUGAUCCUAUCAGGAGCGAGAGUAAAUGCCAAAGAUAACAAGUGGCUGACCCCCCUCCACAGAGCGGUGGCCUCCUGCAGCGAGGAGGCCGUGCAGGUGCUCCUGAAGCACUCUGCGGACGUCAAUGCGCGGGACAAGAACUGGCAGACGCCGCUGCACAUCGCGGCGGCCAACAAGGCGGUGCGCUGCGCCGAGGCCCUGGUGCCGCUGCUCAGCAACGUCAACGUGUCGGACCGCGCCGGGCGCACCGCCCUGCACCACGCCGCGUUCAGCGGACAUGUGGAGAUGGUGAAGCUGCUGCUGUCCAGAGGGGCGAAUAUCAAUGCGUUUGACAAGAAGGACAGGAGAGCCAUCCACUGGGCCGCGUAUAUGGGCCACAUGGAGGUGGUGAAGCUGCUGGUGUCUCACGGUGCAGAGGUGGCCUGUAAGGACAAGAAGGCCUACACACCCCUCCACGCAGCCGCCUCCUCGGGCAUGAUCAGCGUCGUCAAGUACCUGCUCGACCUCGGGGUGGAUAUAAAUGAGCCCAAUGCGUAUGGCAACACUCCGCUGCACGUGGCGUGCUAUAACGGGCAGGACGUGGUGGUCAACGAGCUCAUCGAGACAGGUGCCAACGUCAACCAGGUGAAUGAGAAGGGUUUCACCCCACUGCACUUCACGGCCGCCUCCCGCCACGGAGCCCUGUGCCUCGAGCUGCUCGUCAGUAACGGGGCCGACGUCAACAUCAAGAGUAAAGACGGCAAAACCCCUCUCCACAUGGCCGCUAUCCAUGGACGCUUUUCCAGAUCUCAGGCUGUCAUUCAGAGCGGGGCGGAGAUCGACUGUGAAGACAAGAACGGCAACUCCCCGCUGCACAUCGCGGCACGCUACGGCCACGAGCUGCUCAUCAACACCCUCAUCACCAACGGCGCCGACACCGCCAAGCGGGGUAUCUACGGCAUGUUCCCCCUGCACCUGGCGGCUCUCAGCGGCUUCUCAGACUGCUGCAGGAAGCUCCUAUCGCCCAAUUUCGACAUAGACACCCCAGACGACUUUGGGAGGACGUGUUUGCACGCGGCAGCCGCAGGGGGGAACCUGGAGUGCUUAAAUCUCUUGCUCAACACCGGAGCCGACUUCAACAGGAAGGACAGGUUUGGGAGGACGCCUCUGCACUAUGCGGCGGCCAACUGUAACUAUCAGUGCCUGUUUGCCCUGGUGGGCUCGGGGGCCAGCGUCAAUGACCUGGACGAGAGGGGCUGCACGCCACUGCACUACGCCGCAGCCUCCGACACCGACGGCAAAUGUCUGGAGUACCUGCUAAGGAAGGAUGCGAACGCCGCUAUCCGGGACAAGCAGGGCUACAACGCAGUGCACUACGCCUCAGCAUAUGGACACCGCCUCUGCCUUGAACUGAUUGCCAGUGAAACACCGCUGGAUGUGCUGAUGGAGACGUCAGGAACAGACAUCCUGAGCGACACAGAUGGCCGAGCUCCCAUCAGCCCCUUGCACUUAGCGGCAUACCACGGUCACCACCAGGCCCUGGAGGUCUUGGUGCAGUCUCUGCUGGACCUGGACGUGCGCACGGCUCUGGGCCACACGCCGCUGGUGCUGGCGGCCCUCAAGGGCCACGUGGAGUGCGUGGACGUGCUCAUCAACCAGGGGGCCUCCAUACUGGUCAAGGACUACACACAGAAGAGGACGCCCAUCCACGCAGCCGCUAUGAACGGCCACUCUGAGUGUCUGCGUCUGCUCAUCGGCAGUGCUGAUCUGCAGACCGCUGUGGACAUCCAGGAUGGAAGUGGACAGACUCCCCUGAUGUUGUCGGUGCUGAGUGGCCAUACUGACUGCGUGUACUCUCUGCUGGGCAAGGGGGCCAACGUGGAGGCUCGGGACAAGUGGGGCAGGACGGCCCUUCACCGCGGGGCGGUGACGGGCCACGAGGCGUGCGUGGAGGCUCUGCUUCAGCACCAGGCGUCGUUGCUGGUGCGUGACUGCAGGGGGCGCUCUGCGCUGCACCUGGCGGCCUCCUGCGGCCACAUCGGCGUGCUGGGCGGGCUGCUGCAGGCCGCACAGGCCCUCGACACCAUCCCCCUCGUCACCGACAACCGCGGGUACACGCCGCUGCACUGGGCCUGCUACAACGGCCAUGACACGUGUGUGGAGAUGCUUCUGGAGCAGGACGUCUUCCACAAGAUGGAGGGCAACUCCUUCAGUCCCCUGCACUGUGCUGUUAUAAACGAUAACGAGGGAGCGGCGGAGAUGCUCAUCGACACGCUCGGACCCUCUAUCGUCAAUGCCACAGACUCCAAAUCCAGGACUCCUCUGCAUGCGGCGGCCUUCACGGACCACGUGGAGUGUCUGCAGUUGCUGCUGGGCCACAACGCCCAGGUCAACUCCAUUGACGCCAUGGGCAAGACACCACUCAUGAUGGCUGCCGAGAACGGACAGACCAACGCCGUGGAGGUACUGGUAAGCAGCGCCAAGGCGGACCUCACGCUACAGGACGGCAACAAGAACACAGCCCUGCACCUGGCCUGCAGCAAGGGGCAUGAAACCAGUGCCUUGUUGAUUCUGGAAAAAAUCACAGACCGGAAUCUCAUCAACUCAACAAACGCAGCACUACAGACGCCACUGCAUGUGGCAGCCAGGAACGGGCUGACUGUGGUGGUGCAGGAACUGCUGGGAAAGGGAGCCAGUGUCCUAGCAGUGGACGAGAACGGUUACACCCCGGCGCUGGCGUGCGCGCCCAACAAGGACGUGGCGGACUGCCUGGCGCUGAUCCUGGCCACCAUGAUGCCCGUGUCGCCGGGCAGCAUGGGCGCCGUGCCCGGCCUGACCUACAGCGCCAUCAACCACCACUACCCCUCGUCGCCCUCCAAGGCGGUGACCUUCGACCCGCUGCCGGCGCUGCGCUCGGAGCACGCGUCCUACUGCAGCUUCAACAGCCUGGGCCACCGCGGGGAGGACGGCCUGCUGGCGCCCGACGACGAGCUCAACGACUCGGACUCAGAGACCUACUGAGAGAGGCCCCUUAUGAACCCCAACACCCCUCGUCUAUCCCCAACACCCCACCAGGUUUUACCAGAGACAAUACAGGAAGAGGAUAGAAUCUUACUAUCUCUGGUUUUACCCUGUUCCUCGCGCCCACCCUCCAUCUUAUUGACUGACUUGACUCUGUAAAGGAUACAGGAAAUUAAGAAAUAAAUAUGAAAAUAACCGUGGCCCUCCCCCUCUCCCCUCGAACCCCAAACUCGAAACCCUGAGACCUCUUUUGAGCUGAUCAGAACCCAGCGUGUGAAGCAGGGGGGGGAAGAGGUGAUGCACUCGUUUAUUUUUCCUCUUCCUUCUAUCUUUUUUUUUUGUUUUCUUUUAAAUGAAAUGGGGCACUGCUGGGUGGUCUGUAUCCCCUCUGUACGGCCAUGUUUCUUUUUUUCUUUCUUUCUCCUUCAUCCCUCGCUCUCUCCCUCCUCUGGGGGGCCGUUGAGGUCCCCUUCAGUCUCAGGAGCCUUAGAGACUGGGGGAGGUGCGAGGACGAGACGACAGGAAAUGUGCUGCACCAGAAUGACUGACAGACUGAAUGACAUGACUAAAGGAGAGACAGACAGAUGCACAUGGCCCAGUCCCAUAGCUAUCUUUUGAACACUACUACGCACCCAUACCCCAACCCCAACCAACCCCCCCAUUUUAGUUUUGCUGUUUUUCAGUGAGAACUGCGUUACUCUUGUGUGAGGACUGACCGCGUGAGGAGCCGUGUCAACACUUGCCUGAUUGUCUUUUGUUUGUUUCGUUUUUUUCUUAUUCCCUCCCUCCAUGACGCAUAACCAAAUGAGUCUUUGAAAUGGUUGAUGAAAGACUGAAAUCAUUAAGAUGACUACUCUGUCCGGACUGCAUUUCCCAGACUCCCCUUCAGGCGACGACGUUGGAGACAGGAAGUUCCCGAGGACAUCAGGACUUCUCUGGGUGGACGAACUUUAGCCAAGAGGGACCAAGUGCUUACAGGCCCAUCAUCAUCAUCUUCAUCAUCAUUACCCCCCCACCCACACACAGCCUGUCUUCCUCCACCCACCUAGAUUUGAGCAUGACUAGAAAGAAAAUCUCGUUUCAAAGCUCUUAAAGUUCUGUUUUUUGUUUCUCUCUUUUUUUCAGUUGUCGUUUUCCUUUUCUUUUUAGAACACGGUAUAAUUUAUUGUGAAUGAACUGCUACAAGUGUUAGUUUCCUCAUGCGCGCGUGGCGUGCAUACAUGAUGAUACGCCCCCACCUGACCCCCCUCCCCCAAAUGUCAUUCUGAGGUUCAUAAACUGUGAGCAGGGCAGCAAUUGUGUUGUGUGUGUGCGUGUGUGUGUGCGCCGUGUAUGUGUGUGUGUGAGAGAGAGUGCGUGUGUUUGAGUGUGACUGUAUAUAUGUGUUUAUUUGUUUUUGUUUUUGUUUGAUGGGGUAGGGAGGGGUGUGGAGUUUUAACCUAAAGGCCUUGUCACACACACACACACCACCCCAAACCCCGCUGCCCACUAUGAUGAUUUUGAGACCAGCGCGGCCACCAGAGGUGCAGUCAGGGUUUCUACUCUACAAUCUGCGGACAUUCAGAAGAAAUAAAAAUGAAAUAGAACAGCAUUUGAUAUACAGAGACUUCAGAGAGAGGAGAGCUGUGUGUGAGAGUGAGAGUGAGUGUGUUGUGUGCUUGUGGAAGUGAGAGUAUUUGUGUGUGUGUGUGUGUGCACAUACUACAUCUGUCAGUCGUGUGUGUGCGUGCGUGCGUGACCGAGAGAGAGCAAUGUUGCCUUUUUUAGGUGUGCAAAAAAACUGGCUUCCUGGUGCAUUGUUAUUAAAAAUGAUUACUAAUAAUAAUUAAUGAAUAAAUUUUCUUUUGCCAUA